GACGCGCCGCGAGCUCGUUGGUUCCUUUCUAUUGCACAAGAUGGCGUCCACGCUAAUAAGAAUUCUAAGACCUCUAAAACUCUCGAAUUUAACUGUAAAUUUGUCUUUAUUAUUACUUUUUAUUGUAUUAUUAUCAGGAGAGACGUUAUGUGAUUCAAAAGAUUUUAAAUAUGUUACUUGUGGAAGUGUUGUAAAACUAUUGAACACGAAACACAAUGUAAGGUUGCAUUCUCACGAAGUUAAAUAUGGAUCCGGGAGCGGACAACAGUCGGUUACAGGAGUUUUGAGUGUAGAUGAUGGGAAUAGUUAUUGGGUUAUCAAGGGUGAGAAUGACAAGCCUUGUAAGCGGGGGGAGCCUAUCAAAUGUGAUGAGACCAUAAGACUACAGCAUCUAGCGACCAAGCGAAACCUGCACAGUCACCAUUUCCAGUCACCAAUCUCACACAACCAAGAAGUUAGCGCAUUUGGGGAGGGUGGAAAUGGUGACAACUUAGAUGACUGGGUUGUUGUUUGCUCUAAGAAGAACUGGGAGCGCAAAGACACUGUUCGCUUCAGGCACAAAAUUACAGAAAUGUACCUGCAUAUAACUGGGGAUCAGUUUGGCCGUCCGAUCCAUGGCCAGCGGGAAGUGAGUGGGUUUAAUUACCCUGAUGUCAGCAAUGAAUGGAAAACCAUGGAGGGAAUCUACAUAAAACCUGAUUCAGAUGAGUAGGCCAUAGAAUGACUUCAAAGAUGUUACCCCCUUUUAUCAGCUCCUUCCUAAUGAAUACCUCAUAACUGCUAGUGAAAUAUUCGCCAUGCAAGGUUUUAUAGCACAAAUACCUUUACAUAUCACUAGAGGAAUUUCACAUAGAAAUUUGGGUUAGAACACACAAACAACAAUUUGGUUGGGGAUUCACAGUGUUCUCCUGGAAGAUUUAAAACUCAGUAGAUGUCAACUUAGAAGACAAUAAAAUUAAUCCUUAAACAUCUUGGACCCAUCAGUUUUACAAUUCACCGAAUAGUGAAUGUACUCCGUAGCCAUUAAUGAAGCAAUUUAAAGGUUAGAAUAAAACAAAGUCAUGUAUCCAAGGAUUGACUGGAAACAGCACUGUAUAACUAUGGAUUUUUCAAUUUCAAUUUGUUGACAUUCACAAGUUUUUUCUGCAAUUGUUUAUUGUUUACACCUUUGCUUACUUUAGAUUUGUAAUUUAUAUAUAUUUAAACAGGACUGACAUAAUAAAUUGUUUUAGUGA